CAUUAUAUCCAGUGAACAAUGAUUCAUAUUCUUUAUUUUCAUGCUGAAUGGCAGAUUGUGUUGUAGGUGUAGUUCAGAAGCUGACCACUAGGGAAAGGCCAGAGAGUAAGUGCGAGUAUGGUGACAGCGCUGCAUCACCUGGUCUAACAUCAACAGUCGGUUCCGUCAGGCACCCAGACUCCACCAUGAGCUCCCGGGCGGCGGUAGCCUGCUGUCUCCGUCUCCCUGUGCUCUCUGCCAGGACAGCUCUCCGGUCCGGUCAGCGGCUCCGGUCCGGACACUCCGCUGCUUUCUGCUCUCACAGGAAUCUGAACGUCCAGGCGGCCACCGAGCAGGCGGGGAAGCUUAAGAGUGUGGAUGAUCUUCCGGGUCCCAGCUGGUCCACCACUCUGUACUGGCUGUUUGUGAAAGGAUUCUCAGAUAAGGGCCACUUGCUGCAGUGUUUACAGAAGAGUCUGUAUGGACCCAUCUGGCGCUCCAGGUUUGGACCCUUUGACAUGGUCAACGUGGCGUCUCCAGAGCUCAUAGCUCAGGUGAUCCAGCAGGAAGGCCGCUACCCGGUCCGGAUCGAGCUGCCUCACUGGAAGGAGUACCGGGACCUGAGGGGACAGGCAUAUGGCCUGCAUGUGGACACAGGACCAGAGUGGCACCGGAUCCGCAGCGUCCUGAAUCCCAAGCUGCUGAAGCCGCAGGCGGUGUCAGCCUUCGCCCCCAUCAUCCACCAGGUGGUUGGAGAUCUCCUGCAACGUGUGGAGCUCCUCCGCAGUCGCAGCCAGGACCGGGCCACGGUUCUGGACCUGGCAGCAGAGCUCUACAAGUUCGGCUUUGAAGGUAUCUCCUCCGUCCUGUUUGAGACUAGGCUGGGCUGUCUGCAGGAGGAGAUUCCUGAAGACACUCUGCGCUUCAUCGCUGCCGUCAACAAGAUGCUGACGCUGUCCGACAUGGUGAUCCUCUUCCCACGCUGGAGCCGCAGCAUCCUCCCCUUCUGGGGGCACUUCGUCCAGGCCUGGGACGACCUCUACGAUGUGGCUCAGAAGCUCAUCGAUAGGAGGAUGUGUGAGAUCGAAGCUCGGUUGCUCAGCGGCGAGCCCGUGGAGGGCACGUACCUGGCCUACCUGCUUUCCUCUGACAAGCUGAGCAGAGCUGAAGUCUACAUCAGUGUGACAGAGCUGAUUCUGGGGGGGGUCGACACGACCUCCAACACCCUGUCCUGGGCAUUGUACCACCUAGCGCGGGACUGCCGGGUCCAGGACCGCCUGUACAGAGAGCUGGACUCUGUGUGUCCCAGCAAACAGCAGCCGACUACAGAACACCUGAGCAGGAUGCCGUACCUGAAGGCCGUCGUAAAGGAGACGCUGCGCCUGUAUCCUGUGGUGCCCGGAAACGGGCGCUUCAUCUCAGAGAAUGAGGUGAUUGUCAGCAACUACUGGUUCCCCAAGAAGACUCAGUUCCAUCUGUGUCACUAUGCAGCCUGUCACGAUGAAGCUGAGUUUGUAAAGGCAGAAGACUUUGUCCCGGAGCGGUGGCUGCACACACAGGCGCCCAGUAGCCAUGGAGACAGAGCCACCCCAGGGUUCUACCAGCACCACCCGUACAGCUUCAUCCCGUUCGGAGUGGGAGUCCGAGCCUGUGUGGGGAAGAGGCUGGCUGAGAUGGAGAUGCACUUUGCUUUGUCCAGGCUGAUUCAGCACUACAGAGUUGAGCCUGAACACGGAGCUCCGCUCAUUCAGCCUAAAACCAGAACCCUGCUCAUCCCUUCCAAACCAAUCAACCUGCGCUUCCUGCCCAGAGCCUGAAGGGGGCAGCACUGAGAUCAGCAGGCUGGAGGUCAGAAGCUUCUACUUCCUGUUCCAGUUUCCAGGAGAAGACCUCUGAGCUGCGUGGCUCUGCAGACUAAUUCAGUCCUUAUAAACUUCACGCUGACUCUGCUCACUGAUAGAUUUAAUAACUCGGAUCCAUCUGUUCAAACUAAAAUAUUUAAUUUAACCCAUCUAGCUCCAGAUCUGAUAAAACAGCUGGAAAAACAGACACUGUGAAUAAAAUUACAUAUUUUAACGAAGAUCUUUUAGAUUUAAAACUUUUAAAGUAUUUUAAUGAAUAAAAGAUUUUUAAAAAGCUCAUUUAGUAAAAUAAUUUACAUUGUAAAAUUUGUUGUUUUAUAACUAAUAUAUAUAUAUUUUUUAAAGUUCCUCUUUAUAUAAUUUAGUUUAGAAUAUUUUUAUAGAAAUAUAUAUGUUAUUAAAGUUACAGAAAAAGAAGUUGACCUUUUUGAAAGAGAUUUUGCUUAAAAAUAUGAAAUUGUAUUAAAACUGGCAACAAGCAGGUUUUAAUUAUAAGUUCAAAUGGAAAUUUGAAGAAAGAAAUAGCAUUUAUUAGACUUUUUUUAUCAAAUUUGUUUUUAAGAUUUUUACUACAUAAAUUUAAAAUGUUAUUUAUGUUCCUGCUGCCGUGAUUUUGAAGAGCGAUGAGUAAAUAACUUCAGUCUUUCUGUGAGGAACUUUGUUUAUAAUCAUUUUAGUUAUUUUGGAUCCAGGGUGUACUUUUCACCUCCAGAUGUUUAUUCAAGCAUCGAUCUAAUCUUUUACAGCUUCUGACUAGAUAACUGUAAUAAAAAUGCUUCUUGACUU